GUCGGGGGGCACCGGAGGUUGGUGCACUGCUGGUUCUCGCUAUCUAUCUAUAACCGUAGAAGGGGAGGGGAAGGAGGGUGCCGACCGGGGGGAUGGGGCGGCCGCCGUGCUGCGACAAGGCGAACGUGAAGAAGGGGCCGUGGACGGCGGAGGAGGACGCCAAGCUGCUGGCCUACACCUCCAACCAUGGCACCGGCAACUGGACCUCUGUUCCCCAGAGGGCAGGGCUGAAGCGGUGCGGGAAGAGCUGCAGGCUGAGGUACACCAACUACCUGAGGCCCAACCUCAAGCACGAGAACUUCACGCAGGAGGAGGAAGAGCUCAUCGUCACCCUCCAUGCCAUGCUGGGAAGCAGGUGGUCUCUGAUCGCGAAUCAGCUGCCGGGGCGGACGGACAACGACGUCAAGAACUACUGGAACACCAAGCUGAGCAAGAAGCUGCGGCAGCGGGGCAUCGACCCCAUCACCCACCGCCCCAUCGCCGACCUCAUGCAGAGCAUCGGCACCCUCUCCAUCCGCCCGCCGCCCAGCGCCGCGGGUGCCUCCUCCUCAUCCUACCUCCCCGUGAACCCAGCGGCGGCGCCGGGGCUCCAGCUGCUGCACGACGACAUGCCCUACCACGCAGCCCUGAACCACCACCAGCAGCAGCAGGUCAUCACGCUGCUCGAUGCCGACGCACCAGGCGCGGCGGCAUCCCCGGACCACCAGCUCAAGUGGAGCGACUUCCUCGACGCCGCCGCCCUCGAGGCGGCGCCGCAGGUCGUCCUCGGUCAGUACCACGAGGCUGCGGUCGCUGGUGGCGGAGCACACGCGUACGGUGACACUGACAGUACUGCGGCCAAUGGCGUCGGCGGGGACGGGGAGGAUAGCGCAGCGUCAGCGUUCAUCGACGCGAUGCUGGACAGUGACAAGGAGAUGGGCGUGGACCAGCUCAUCGCCGACCUGCUCGCCGACCCGGCAUAUUACUAUGGCGGAAGCUCUUCCUCUUCGAAGUCGGAGCUGGGGUGGGGCUGUUGAUCAUUUUAACUAGAGGCUACAUAUCUUACAUUGGGACGGUAUUUAAGCAUAUUUAGGGCAUCGCAUUUUCGUUUGAACUUGUUAUUGGUACUCCCCGACCCCGAUGAUGAGCUGAUUAAUCGUGCGUUUUUGUUUUUUAAGAAAAUAAUUAAGCGUGAGCUGAUUUGAUGUUUUUGUGGC